CUUACUAAACUUCCGGGCAUGGCGGAGAAGAAAAUAGCCGUCCGCUCGCAGGAUCCCGGCCAGCGGCGUGUGCUGGACAGCGCCACGCGCCAGCGCCGUUUGACCCGCCAGCUCGAGGCGCUCGAGAAAGACAACUUCCAGGACGACCCUCACGCGAGCCUCCCGCAGCUCGUCAAGCGGCUGCCCCAGUUCGACGAGAGCAACGAAUCGAGCAAGCGGAGGAAGAAGACAAGGGGUGAUCAUUUUAAACAGAGGUUCCGCAAAAACUUCCAGACGCUUCUGGAGGAGGAGGACUUGAGUGUUAGUGAGGGUCCAAACUAUCUGACUGCAUGUGCUGAGCCCUCUAAGUUUCCUCAGCGUCAUUUCUGUGCAGUGUGCGGCUUCCCUUCAAACUACACCUGUGUAUCGUGUGGAUCUCGCUACUGCUGUGUCCGAUGUUUAGGAACACACCACGAGACCAGGUGUCUAAAGUGGACGGUAUGAUCGGUUCAUCUGUCCUGAACUCCUAUCAAAAGCAAAGCAAGCUUAUGGGUCAUAAUGCACUCUUACAAGCUUAUGUUUCUCAAAAGCAUCACCGCCAUUUACCUGCACAAUAAACAUAUUGAGGCAUAUAUUA